GGUUCACGCUAGUGCUGGCUGGUUCACUUCCAUUGACUGGAACAGGUUCGCGAUGACCGAUGAACCGUUUAUGCGUCAGCAAUUCGUAAGACUAUGAAAAUUAAAUGGCCGACAUUAAGACAUUUAUUAUUUAAUCAGUGAUAAGAAGACUCACUAAAUGAAUGGAAUUUUGAACAAAGUAACUGGCAAAGCUCGGAUACAUCCCCAAUUCAGUGCCAUGCGAUUCCUAAAAAGGCAAACACGUCGCUUUCGCUUCGCCUGGCAGAGCCUUCUACCCUGCCGAUACCGACAUUUGAAGCUACAUACUCAAGUUGUUAUGCUAUGCGUCUACGUCAGCGUUUUCCUAAAUAUUCUAUACGGAGUCUAUCUCGGACGGUUUUCCUUAAGACGCAAAAAGUUCUUAUUCUCCAAAGUGGUAACAAUUUAUUCCAUUUUUGUGGCCACAAUUUUCGGUACAUACUACAUUUGGAAUAUUUAUAAAGAACUCUACGCGGGUCAGAUAAGCAGUCGUCACACUAUUGGAAUUUAUUGCUACAUGAACGUCUUCGUUUGCCUAUUUAACUAUGUGACACAAUGGGUGCUCACAGGUCAGAUAAUACGAUUUCAAAAUAAAAUUCCGCUUUUUAAGGUCCUUAACUCGCUGGACAUGUCGGUGAAGAUAGUCUGGAAAGCAGUUACAUUAACUAUACUAAAAAUCUUUAUAUGUCCACUAAUUGGGUACAUAACCCUUAUACUAUAUCAAAAGAGGACCCAACCGGAUUCACAGUGGACAAGUUUGACGACAGUAAAGACAAUGCUGCCGCUGAUUGUAUCAAAUCAGAUAAAUAACUGCUUCUUUGGAAGCCUUGUAAUCGCAAAUGCGAUAGUGGCUGCAAUUAAUCAAACGGUUCACGUAAUAGUUAAGGAGGCUAAUAGGAUGCAGUCACCUGUCCAGAUAAACCUAAAUAAACCCUAUUACCGGAUGCGUCGUUUCUGCGAGCUGGCCGACAGAUUAGACGAAUUGGCUGAGAAAUACUGUCUCACUGCAGGUUGCUCAAAGAGAUACUUUCGAUUUACGGACUGCUCCAUGGUCCUUUCGAUGCUAAUGAACCUAAUUGGCAUAACUAUGGGAGUCUACAAUCAGUAUCUAGCCAUUGCGGAUUACUAUAUCAACGAGGAACCUUUCGAUCUGUUUUUGGCAAUAGUUCUAUUGAUAUUUCUGGCUGUUCCCUUUUUGGAACUCGUAAUGGUGGCUCGGAUUAGCAAUCAAACUCUGCUGGAGACUAGAAAAACUGGUGAUCUGCUGCAGCUUCUUGACCUCCAGCACUCUGACGUUCGUUUCAAUCAAGUGGUAUAUGCUUUUUGGCUACGCGUUGCUAUUAUCGACUACAAACUGAUGCCUUUGGGUCUCCUGGAAAUAAGUACUUCGCUGGUCAAUAAGGUUUUCUCGGCUGUAACUGGCUAUCUCUUGAUUCUCAUUCAAAGUGACUUGACUUUACGGUUUUCACUCAAAUAGAAAUAA